AUGACAGACGCCACAAGCAACCCACUCUCCGGCCUCUGGCAGCCUACACAACUCCAACGUCUCCACUAUGGCAGCGGCUCAGUGAAGAAACACCUCCUCGACUGUCUUCCUAGCGAAAACAGCAAAGCAUUCAUCAUCACAGGUAACUCGCUCGCUACUAAGACGCCGCUCAUAAAAGAUGUCGAGAAGAUUCUGGGUUCCAAACACGCCGGCACCUUCAGCAAGAUCGGCGAGCAUGCGCCUGUCGCCCAACUAGACAAAGCGACCAAGAUUGUCGAAAACGACGACUCCGUUGAUACAGUAAUCAGUAUCGGCGGCGGAAGUCCGAUCGAUUCAGCAAAGGCAAUCUCCUACCGACUGCACGACAAGAACGGAAAAUGGCUGCACCACAUCGCCAUCCCCACCACGCUCUCUGCCUCCGAAUGCACCAUGAUGGCAGGGUACACGGAAUCCAACGGAGUAAAAACCGGCGUCCGCGGUAAAGAACUCGUCCCGCACGUAGUCCUCUACGACAGCACUUUCGCAAAGCACACGCCGGCGCGCCUAUGGACCUCGACAGGUCUGCGCGCCAUGGACCACGCAAUCGAGCUACUGUACCACCCAACCGCCAGCGAGAUGCCCGCACGCUGGCUAUGUCUGCAAUCCGCAUCUUCACUCUUCACGAACCUGAAGAAAUACACCACGGACCCCACCGACGACAACGUCAUCACUAACCUCCAACUCGCCGCCUUCGCAUCCCUCGGUUUCCUCGGCUACAACAUCAAAGGCGGCCUCGGCCUCUCCCACGCCCUGGGCUACGCUCUCGGCUCCCCCUACAGCAUCCCCCACGGCAUCACGAGCUGCCUAACACUCGGCCACGUCGUGAAGCUGAAAGCGCAGGACCCCGAAGCCGCGGCGCAGAUAGCGCGCCUGCUGCCUUUUAUCGGCGAGCCAGCGACGGGCGACGCGAAGAAAGACGCGGAGCAGGUCGGCGAGCGCAUCCUGCAGCUGGUGCGGGAUUUGGAGCUGGAUAGCGAUUUGAGAAAUUACAAGGUGGAGAAGAGCGAGAUCCCGACGAUUACGAAGAGGGCUACGGGACAGGAGAGUGGGGGCGUGUAUGAUGCUGUUGAGGGCCUGGUUAAGCGCUUGUUCGUUUGA